AAGGCCCCGCCCCAGCUCGACGCAGGACGAAGCUGCCGAGGCGCGGCGCGCGCUCCUUCCGCCGGUCCCGUCGCCCAGAGUCCAGACCCUCCUCCCGCGCCCGCAGCCCGAAUGAACCACGUUAACCGAGCCUCCCUGGUACCCGCGCCCCGCCAGUCCUUCGGGGCCGCCGCGGGAGGGCUCACGUCAGUUCCCCGUGCCAACGGUGCCCCGCCUCGGGGACUGGCUGCGACUGCCCGGGACCGGGUCUCCACCGGCUCAUGCAGAGCAGCCUUCCUGCCGCUCUGCCGACCACCGCGCACGGAGCUGGCAGCGAGCACUGGAGCGGCGCUGCGGCCGCGCACGGCACCGGCCCGAGCGAAAGCAAGGCCGAAGCGCAGCGCGCCCCCAACGCCGCCGGCGCGCGCCGCUCGGACUAGCCCCCGCCCCCGGAAGUACGUCAUCACGCGCCGGAAGGGGAGAGGCCGCCCGGCGGGCGGCCGCGUGCGGGCGGGCGGAAGCGGCCGGCGCCGCGCGCAGGAGCUUCCGGCGGAGCGGACGACACCUCGGGCGCGAGCGGCGGCGGGAACGCGGGGGUCGCAGCCAUGACGGUGGGGAAGAGCAGCAAGAUGCUGCAGCACAUCGAUUACCGCAUGCGGUGCAUCCUGCAGGACGGGCGCGUCUUCAUCGGCACCUUCAAGGCCUUCGACAAGCACAUGAACCUUAUCCUCUGCGACUGCGACGAGUUCCGCAAGAUCAAACCUAAAAAUUCCAAGCAGCCAGAGCGGGAAGAGAAACGAGUCCUUGGUCUUGUGUUGCUGCGAGGAGAAAACCUAGUGUCCAUGACAGUUGAAGGACCACCUCCAAAAGAUACUGGAAUUGCCCGGGUACCUCUUGCUGGAGCUGCUGGAGGACCAGGAGUUGGUAGAGCAGCGGGCAGGGGAGUACCAGCUGGUGCACCCAUGCCACAGGCUCCAGCAGGAUUAGCUGGCCCUGUCAGAGGAGUGGGAGGACCAUCCCAACAGGUGAUGACACCUCAGGGUCGUGGAACAGUCGCAGCUGCUGCUGCUGCAGCCACUGCGAGCAUAGCAGGAGCCCCAACUCAAUACACACCAGGGCGUGGAGGUCCUCCUCCACCCAUGAGCAGAGGAGCACCUCCUCCAGGAAUGAUGGGACCUCCUCCAGGCAUGAGACCACCUAUGGGCCCACCUAUGGGAAUGCCACCUGGCCGAGGCGCUCCUAUGGGAAUGCCCCCACCAGGCAUGAGGCCACCCCCACCAGGAAUGAGAGGACCCCCUCCACCUGGCAUGCGUCCACCAAGGCCAUAAGGCACCCUAUAAUGUACCUUUGAACUGUGGGAACACCAGUUAAGGGAAUGUACCAAGCAGUACCGCCUGUCAGAACCUUGCUAUGUAUAUUUUAGAUUUGCUGCUUGUGAAGUUUGCCUUUUUUAAUAAAGUUGGAAAACCCUAUACUUCACUCA